AUGAGCUCGAAGCGCAGAAGCGGCCCUGCAGGCGACCCCGACGACUUUCUAGCCACGCCUGAUCCCAAGCGACGCAAGCGGAGCGACGAAACCCAUUUCCCUGAGGUCGAAACUCGAGAGACCACCACAGAGAUCGGCCUGAGACUCGUCCGGCAGUUGAAAAAGUCGCAAGACAAGAAUGGCCGCAACGUCGCAAUCCCGUUUCUGGACCUGCCCAGCAAGGUCGAUUAUCCCGACUAUUACCAGCAGAUUGCCAUGCCUCUCUCCCUCAACAUGAUCGAGCAGCGACUGGAGAAUAAUGAAUAUGACACCCUCGAGAUGCUGGAGUCAGACCUGAAGAGAAUGGUGCAGAAUGCGAAGGACUAUAACAGCAAUCGAUCUUCCAUCUUCGAGGAUGCUGAGCGCAUACGCAAGGCUUUGUCCAAUUUCAUGCCAAAGCACAAUCCGGCGUAUCUGCGACCAGAUUAUCGUGCCUAUCCGACCCCCAUUCCGCAGGAACUGCUUGAUCAGGUUCGACGCCAGUCCACGUCGUCUGAAGGGACCACGGCUCCAGAGAGAGUCAAGCUGGUGUUCCCCAACCCUGCGGUGCGGCGACGCCAAAGUGAGGCCACUCCAUCUACUGAACCCCUUAGCGACGCGAGGGAAGAUGUGAGGGAAGAGCAGUUGAAGUUUCUGCAGGAUCUGUCAGAGCAGGAAGAUGCAAUCAAUUUUGAGGAAAAGGUAUCCAAAAAGGAUUAUCCCGACUAUUACAAGCUGGUUAAGAAACCGACAUCCAUAUCGGAUGUAAGGGCUUUGGUGGAAAAGGAUGAAAUCCAAGAUUGGGACGCGUUGGCGAAAGAAGUGCGACUUAUUUGGGACAACGCGAAAGAUUACAAUCAGGAAGGGUCCGACAUCUACCUGAUGGCGGAAAAACUUGAGGCCUGGUCAGAGUCCCAGAUGCAGUCACUUGGUGCUCGACCAAGACGCAAUCUCAAGCUUUCUUUGUCCCAGCCAAAACCAAAGGCUCUGCGACUGACGAUGGCUUCGUCCACGCCUACGCCAAACCUGGUCGGUGGUACCAUUGACAGCGAAUCUCUCCGACGACAGAAAGAAGAGAUGGGUCAAGCCUUGAGUAGAGUGCAGAGAGCCAGUUCGAAGGCCACACAGGUCAACGGAUCAACCCCUGUGCCUUCAAGCGCUGCCCCGAGUGUUCGUCGAAGCGCCUCCCUGGCUACCACGACUGAGCAAGCUGAUACAACCACGAGCGAGGUCAAAGUCAAUGGGACCACAAGCACUCCUCAACCCCAGGAAGCCGUGAGAGCUUCACAACCUCCUGCGCAGACUCCAUCACAACAGGUGCCGAGCCACGUUCAAGAAAUCGAAAUCGAUCUUCCGAAUACGUUGCCUCUCACUAACGGUACCCAUCACCCCGAUCCCUCUGCGCCGCACUCUUCUAGCCCUGGAACGAGCACGAAUCCACCGGGGGCCAAUGACAAUUACUUGAACCAGUCCGUCAUUCCCAUGGAACGGCGCUUUCGUGAUCCCGGCAGAGGCUGGUCCCACGCAUUGCUCGCCUCCGUGACGUUCAUGACGAACCCAUCUCUGCCGAACGACCCACGUUGGAAACUGGUCCGCUACGGCUCGGCCACCAGGACGCAGACAAGUGGUUUCAUCGCUCUACCUGCUCACUACCGCGAUCUACGCAUCAUUCCGACCACCACUACUGAACUCGCCCGUCGUCGCCGACAUCGCAUUUUUUUCAUGCACAACAACACGGUUUACAAGGAAAGCAACAGUAAUCAUGUGGAGGGGGCGUUUGAGGUUAGGCUUGUUCCGGGAGAGAAUGUCCUUGUUGUGGAGGUGUUGGCAGAUUUGAGAGAGGGAGAACGAAAGACCUAUGCGCCCAGUCAAAUGCAGUUUGACUUUGAGAGGUCCACGUUGAUUGUACAUCUGAGCACGAACUGA